GGCAAAUCGUUGGCCCAAGCGCUCCCAAAUCCGUCUCGGACCCUCUCCCUCGUCGCUCUACGACAUGGCUGACCCGACGCCGUCGCAGUCGCCGGCGCAGACACCGCCCCCGCCGCCGGCGCAGCAGGCUGCCGCGGCGGGCGGACGCGAGGACAUGCUGGCGUGCGUGGCGGCGCUUGAGGCCGCGCUGCUGCCGUGCCUCCCCGCGCGCGAGCUCCAGGCCGUCGACCGCUCCCUCCAGUCCUCCCACCAGAUUGAUGUUGAGAGACAUGCGAGGGAUUUCAUGGAGGCUGCCAAGAAGCUCCAGUCUUAUUUCAUCAGCCUGCAGCGUGAGGAUCAGCCAACUGCAGAAGAGAUGCUUCGGAAGGAGAUUACUACAAUGGAGGAAGAACUGAAGACCAAGUCUGAGCUUAUUGCCAAGCACAAGAAGUUGAUUGAAGGGUGGCGAAAAGAACUGAAGGAGCAGCUGGGCAAGCACAUCACCGAGCUUGAAAGGGUGUGAGGAGUGUGAUUCUGCAGUUUCCCUUGUAGUGACCAUGAACCUCUAGGUGACCAAAUGUUAUGUUAUGCCCUAUAAACUAUGUACAUGUUUUUAGAUCUGACACGCCAUGAUUAGCAAUCGGCUUUUGAUGGCUUCUAAAGGUCGGAAGCCACGAACAAAGCUCACUUUAUCGAUGUUUGAUUGUGCAUUUUUCCUUGCCCCUUA